UCACAAAUUCUCCACGCACCUAGAACGUUCUCCUUUCAGGUGUGCUUCUUUUCCGUACUAUUUCUCUUGCUCGAUUGGUAGUUCUAGAAGAAUCAAUUCUUUUCUCUUCUGUUCCAGAUUUUCAAGGGCGGAUCUUUGCUUUCUCAUCUGGGUGUUGCAUUUUGGAUUUUCAAACUCAAAUUUCCUCAAGCAAAAAAAGCAAGAAAGUACUCUGACUGAUAGGGGAUUGCAAAAAUUCCAAUUCUAUGAUAAAGCAAAAUCACUCGGUGAUCAGCCAUUAUUUGAGGAAUUUUAUAUGUUUCGUGCAAUGGUGCGGAGUGAAGGUGAAAAGUGCUUGACAUAUGUGCACGAGGUUGAUAGAAUUCAUGUACAAGCCGAUUAUAAAAAAGAUGGAGUACAUGUUGACCAUAUACGUCCCUCUGUUCGUAGGCGAGGAAAAGGUGGUGUUGCUGGUAGGAGGGAACGUGCUAUUAAGAGAGGUCAAGUGUCUAUCGAAAUGGAUGAAAUGCAUCAGGAAGAUGCCCAAGCAGUCCCGGAAGAUGAUCCAACAACAACAAAUUGUAAUAUUAGUUCCACUUCAAGAGGCGACACUCACAAAUUCACUCAGGCAUCAGCUAUGACAUAUCAACCAACAACUACUCAAAUUGUGCCAUACAUGACGCCACAAACUCCACAAUAUUCAAGAGAUCCAAGUCUUUCGUCUUUUGAGAAUAUAUUUGUUGAGAAUGGUCCUGGUUUUAACUCAUCGCCUGUGCAAAUGUCCAUCGAUAUCCCUGAGGCCACUAAUAGAGAUGAUGGGCAGGACUGCAAUAUUGAGAUACAAGGUAAUGAGUUGGAUGAUUCCAACGAUGAAGUGGAUGGUGAACCAUCAAUGAGGCAGAAGCGUAAAAUUAUUCGUAAGCGUUGUGCGACCGGGAGUCACUUUCUUGAUCAGCACGGUAGGAUUAAAAAGCAGCGCUGUAGAGGUAAAAAGCAGCAAGGUAGAAGCAAAAAUAAAUGAAUGCAUCACUAAUAGUUUGGCUUGUAAGUAAGAUGAAGGCACAUAAUCUCGCUGAUCUAGUUUAGUAGGAAUGAUCUCCUUUUUUUUUUUUUUUGCUAACUGUAAGUAAGAUGAAGGCACAGUUGGUGUAUUAUUUUUUUUUGCUUUUUGUAUUCAGCUACGUAUUCUAUGCUAUGGUGCAAAGAAGUUUUAAUUGGAA